AUUUAAUUCAUGCAUCUUUCUCUUUAACAACGUAACUAUCAUAAUUUUUCUCAUCGUGGUGAUUUUGGGUUUGAGUCAUGGGGAUAGGUAGCACAGAUGAUACAUUAUUUAAAUCUAUGAAUGAAACGUCCAUGUCCAACAAUGUUGUUAAUUCUAAUCUUCUAAACUAUAAUGUUUGCAUUUCCACCCCGCCUAAUAUUCUCUCCCAUGGCAUAUGGGGAAAACAUGAGUCCGAAGGGAGUCCAUUCAGGUCCUCUUUCCCAGUAUUUCUUCAUCAAGUCAUUCUAAUUUAUGUCACAACAAGGGCUAUCAAUUUUCCUAUCAAGCAGUUGGGUUUACCCAAGCUCAUUUCACAAAUGAUGGCUGGGCUAAUUUUAGGACCAGCAGUGCCAAUAUUUUUGGACCUCAAGAGGAAUUUGUUUCCUUAUGGGAGUCAAGACACACUUGCAACCAUUGCAGGACUUGGUUAUGUGUUGUUUCUGUUCGAAACAGGCGUGAAAAUGGAUUUCAACAUGAUCAGAAGGACAGGAAGAAAAGGAUGGACGAUUUCGCUUUUGGGGUUAGUAACCCCUAUGCUCAUUGGUUUAUGUUUCUCUAUCUGGGAUCCAAAACAUAGAAAUGUUUUUAACAAAGAGUCCAUUGAAAAAGGUAUAAUACUGCUAGGACACAAUACAACUUCAUUUGCAGUGAUUGUGUCUCUCUUAAAAGACCUUAAACUUCUAAACUCUGAACUUGGAAGAUUAGCAUUAUCUGUUGCUUUGGUUGGUGAGAUAUUGAGUAACAUUUUUAUAACUGUUACCUCAACUCUGCUUGAUCAGGGUCAUUAUAUUUCACCUGUCAUGAGGUUGGGAUAUUUAUUUGCCAUCACUCUCUUCAUUUUAUUAAUCUACCGUCCUGCAAUGUUUUGGAUUGUUGAACAUACUCCUGAAGGAAAAGAAGUUAAGGAUAUUUACAUCAACAUUGUUAUUGGGAUUCUCUUUUGUUUGUGUUGGUUAUCAGGAGAAUUAGAAAAGGGUCCUGUUUUUUUACCAUUCAUUUUGGGAUUGGCUACACCUGAAGGACCUCCAUUAGGAUCUACAUUGAUUAAAAGGGUUCAUUUGUUAGGCAUUAAAUUGUUUUUGCCAAUUUACAUGACUACAAGCACAAUGAAGGUAGAAUAUGGAUUUUGGAGAUCAUCAUAUUCAGGAUCAACACUUGAGACUUCUUUGUUUGUUUUAUUUACUGGUUAUUUUUUAAAAAUGGUAGCAUGCUUUCUAUCUUCACUCAUUUUCAACAUGCCUUUAAAGGAUGGUAUCUCCCUUGCCCUACUUUUGAACUGCAAAGGUGUUGUGGAAGUAAACAUGUACUCUACCGCAUUGGAUAGAAAUGAUAUCCGUCCGAAAAUAUAUUGUGUGGUUAUAUUCAUAAUCAUGGUUUCAAUUUGCUCGACUCACUUGUUGGUAAAACAUUUGUAUGAUCCUUCAAGGAAAUAUGCUGGCUACCAAAAGAGGAACAUAUUCAGUUUGAAACCCGACUCAGAACUGAAGAUACUAGUUUGCAUUCAUAAACCACACCACAUAACUCCUAUGACUGAAGUAAUUGAUCUAUGUGACCCUAUAGUAGAAUAUCCUGUCACCGUAGAUGCCUUGCAUUUAAUCGAGUUAGCCGGAAGGGCUUCACCCAUUUUCAUUUCUCACAAAAAGAAGAAAGUUGUUUCUUUAAACUUGCAUGACUCAUACUCUGAUAAUGUUGUUUUAAGUCUCAAACUAUACGAGAGUGAUAAACAAGGCGCAGCAAUAGUAAACCCAUAUACUGCUAUAUCUCCACUUAACUUAAUGCAUGAAGAUGUUUGUCACCUAGCAUUGGAUAAAGUUUCAUCAAUUAUAUUUCUUCCUUUUCAUAAAAAAUGGUCAAGUGAUGGAAAGCUUGAAUAUGAUGACAAGAACAUAAGGUCUUUAAACCGCAACAUCUUGGAAAAAUCUCCAUGCUCGGUUGGAAUCUUAGUGACUCGCUUUGUUCAUCAAACAGAUUCAUCGCUUCGAUUAGCCUUGGUAUUUUUGGGUGGGAGAGAUGAUAGAGAAGCUUUAUAUUUGGCGAAGCGAGCAGCAAGGGUUUCAAGCAUUGAGCUAGUGAUAUAUCAUAUUGUAGACAAGAACAAAAGUGAUAAGGACCAAGAGAGUAUGGAUGCAGUGCUUGAUAAAGCAGUGUUAAAAGAUGUUUAUGUAGAACAUUGUAGAAUGGAAAAUGUAACAUUUAGAGAAAUAAAAGUGGAGGAUGGAUCACAAACACUUGAUGUUCUUCGAGGAAUGGUUAAAGAACAUAAUUUUAUAAUAGUUGGGAGAAGAAAUGGCGUCAACUCUCCUCAGACAUAUGGACUUCAACAUUGGAGUGAGUUUCCUGAGUUGGGUCCUGUUGGAGAUUAUUUGGCUUCCUCGGAUCUUGGUUGCAAAUCAUCAAUUUUAGUGGUGCAGCAACAACAACAAAUAUGCACAUAGCUUUAGAUAUCUUUGUUUAUUAUGAGAAGAAGAAGAAUGGGGGAGCUAUAUUUUAUUAAAUAGAAGAAAAUAAAGAACUCAAAGUUUACGCAACUUUUUUUUUUUUUUUUUUUGUUGUCAUUUCUCUGAUUUUAUUAUAGGCUUAUUUAAAU